CCUAUAGUCAUGCAAAUUGAUUAAUGAGGAACACCGAUGAAAAAGUUUGAAGAAGGAAGACGGAGAGGUGAUGGAGGAACCACCACGAAAUUAGACAUUAUAUAUGAGGGGACCAAGAACAUGGUUUUCACACUUUAUGGAAUGUAAAUAACUUAUUUCUAUCAUGCAGAAGAAAUGGAUACGUCGGAGGUUGACCGUUUUGAUUCUCACCAUCUUCAUCAUUCUCUACGUGGACUUUCAAUUACGCACCAGCAGCCCUCCAAAGCUCAGCGUGGCUCACCAUCCGUCACCAUUUGUGCAUCAGCCCCCCAUCCAUCGGGCUCUAUCCCCGGCCACGGACGCACAGACCCCGUCUAGCAGCAGCACCGGGAACGGAGGACACCCAGCCUCCGGAGUUGCACAUGUCACCCAGCCGAAACUGAAGCUGGAGGACAUCUUCGUCGCCGUGAAGACCACCGGGAGGUUCCACAAGACGCGUCUUGCGCUCCUGCUGGAGACGUGGAUCUCCAGAACCAAGGCGCAUACUUUCAUUUUCACAGACACGGAGGAUGUGGACUUGCAUUCAAAAGGUUAUAACAUGGUGGUAACAGGCUGCCAGUCAGAUCACAGCCAGCAGGCUCUGUCCUGCAAGAUGUCCGCUGAGUACGACGGCUUCAUGGCCUCAGACAAGAGGUGGUUUUGUCAUGUGGACGAUGAUAACUACGUGCACCCGGAGGCCCUCCUCUCCCUGCUCUCAGCCUUUCCCCAGGACGGCGACAUCUACGUGGGCAAACCGAGUCUGGACAAGCCCAUCACUGCUCAUGAACUGCUGAAGGGCAAUGCAACGAGGGAAGUGCGGUUCUGGUUCGCUACAGGAGGAGCAGGAUUCUGUCUGAGUCGGCAGCUGGCGGAGAAGAUGGCUCCAUGGGCCAGGGGCUCAAAAUUCGAGCAGACGUCGGCUACGAUCCGUCUCCCUGACGACUGUACAGUGGGCUUCAUCGUGGAGAAGAGGCUGGGCAUCUCCAUGGUGCACUGUCCUUUAUUCCACUCCCACCUGGAAAACCUGCUGCUCAUCAACCACAGAAGCAUUCCACACCAGGUGACUCUGAGCUAUGGGAUGUUUGAGAACAAGAUGAACAGCAUCAAGGUGAAAGGACGCUUCUCUAAGGAGGAAGACCCCUCCAGGUUUAAGACUGUCCACUGCAUGCUGUAUCCUUUCACCAGCUGGUGUCCUUGAACACUUCAUAGAAAACUACAACUUCCAAACACACAUGGGAUAAGGCUGGUAAUCCUGCUGGAUGAAUUAUUUUUCCUGGGUAUUGGCUAAAUGCAGAGAAAACUGAUGGAUUAACAGUAAUUUGAUGGAACAAUUUGCAGACACCAGAACUGGAGAAUCACAAAGCAGAAGUGGAGUCUCGGAGGACAGACAACUCAACAGGUUUCCCUGUACCUGCUUAUAAAACAGAUCAGAUGGACACUCGUGGAUUUAGAAAAGAGGAUAUUAACAGGAUCCUAACUACAAACUGAACAAGGUUUUUCUCUUCUUCACCUGUGUGCUUCAAACAGAUGGUUUCAUGCAAAAAAUGGGGACUUUUUGCAUCUUCACUAAUGUGUGCAGCCUGUUCUCAUGAACCAUAGGUUUGAAAAGAUAUGAAAAGAUAAGGACUGUAAUUUGUAUGAUUUCCGUGGGUGCACCA